AUGCCUCUCAAAGAUCUUAAAGUUUCUCGUGAUGAGCUCUUGAAGAGGAAAGCCAGGGAGGAGAUAAUGGAUGAUUAUCGGGAGAAAAGGCGUAGAAUUCAGCGAAAAAUACUAGAAGCUGGGGAGAAACUCCGAUCUCGUCCUGAUGGUGCUGAUCUCCAAGCUGAACGUGAUGAAGAAGACUACUGGGAUGCAAUAUAUGGCGACCUCGAGGAGGAAGAAUUCCCUAGUUCAGACAGUGAUUCCGAGAAAGAGUCUGAAGAGGAUUCCAUGAACGAUGAUGAUGAAGAUGAAUCCGACGAUUCUGACGAUUAG